AAUAGAAACGAGAGGUCUGGAAGAAACUCGAAUUUGUCAGUCUCAGUACUUUCGCAUACGGAAGCAGAAUGAGAAUCAGCCGCAGUAGCAGGUGGUCGACGGCGGUCGGAGUGCUGUUUUGCGCCGUGGUUAUGGUGAUGUUGCCGGAUGUCUCUGCCAAACGAUUCAUCGUCGGAGGAAAUAUGGGCUGGACUUCCAACGUCAACUACACUCUUUGGGCAGGAAACCAAACUUUCUACCUCGGCGAUUGGCUCUAUUUUGUGUAUGACAGGAACCAAAACGAUGUACUGGAAGUCAACAAAACAAACUACGAAACAUGCAAUGCUGAGCACCCGCUUCACAAUUACACCACGGGAGCAGGAAGAGAUGUGGUGCCACUCAAUGUGACACGUGAUUAUUACUUCAUUAGCAGCAAAGGGUUUUGCUAUGGAGGCAUGAAACUACAUGUACACGUCAUCAAUUUGCCACCACCACAAGCAGCAACUGUAAAAAGCCAUUCCUCGAGAUUUACUGCUGUUAAAAACCAGCUUUUUAUAUCCUUGGUGGUCGCUGUUGCUGCCAUUUGGGAUACUUAAAUGAAAUCCUACAGAAUGGGUAAAUGGUAAUUUUGGUUUUCGUUAAAAUUUAUUGUUCAGUAAUGUGCUAAAGUGAAAGAAGAAAUUAACUUUUAUUUUAAACUAUAUCAUGCUUGAAUUUCACUUC